UUUCCAAGUCCACCAAUGACGGAGGAGGAGAGUGUGGACAACCCAACAAAUAUUAUUCUUUGUUACCCACCUUUUCCUUUUCCGUACCUCGUUAAAGGCCCCACAAAAGCUGGAAAAAAAAAACCCCUCUCACUAAGCAAAGCCCUUCUACUAUACACUCUACAACUCUAUCAUGAAAUAAAAAUGAGUGCCAAUAGUACAUUGGAGCAUAUACUCGAGGAAAUACUUGAAGUGCUAAAGCCCAAGCAGGAGGAUUUGGCGACACGGGCUCAAGUCAUUAGUGAACUACGAAGAGUCGUUGAAUCUGUGCAAAGUUUGAGAGGGGCAACAGUGGAGCCAUUUGGGUCAUUUGUGUCCAAUCUGUUCACAAAAUGGGGUGACGUGGAUAUCUCUAUCAAUUUACCCAAGGAGGGUGGAUAUAUUUCAUAUGUUGAAAGUGACUGCAAACAAAGAUUACUUGUGGAUUUGCAAAAUCCUUUGAGAGGUCAAUGGCAGAUGGUGCAAUUAAUCCCUGCAAAAGUUCCAAUUCUAAAAUGUGAGAGUAGGCACAAGAUUGUCUCUUGUGAUAUAUCAAUUGAUAACUUGAAUGGCCAAAUGAAGUCCAAACUCUUUUUGUGGAUCAGUGAGAUAGAUGGGCGCUUUCGUGACAUGAUUUUACUGGUCAAGGAAUGGGCUAAAGCACAUGAUAUAAAUGAUGCAACUCCAAAAAGUGAGACUUUCAAUUCAUACUCUCUUACUUUGCUUGUGAUAUUCCAUUUUCAGACAUGUGAGCCUCCAAUUUUUCCACCUCUUAAAGAUAUAUAUGAAGGAAAUGUUGCUGAUGUUCAAGGUCUGAGAACUGUUGCAGAGAGAAAAAUUGCUGAUGCAGGUCUGAUAACUGUUGCAGAGAGAAAUAUUGCUAAAGCUUGUGCUGAUAACAUAAGAAGGUUAAAAUCCAGACGAGUUAAUCACAGUUCUUUGUCUGAACUUUUCAUUUCGUUCCUUGCAAAGUUUUCUGAAAAAGAAUUCGAGGCCUCAAAGUUAGGAAUUUGUACCUAUACAGGAAAGUGUGAGAGCAGAAGAAGAUGGCCAGACAAUUCUGAUGCGAUAUUGAUUGAGGAUCCUUUUGAGCAGAAAGAAAAUUCUGCAAGGGCUGUUAGCAAGAGUGGAUUGACGAGAAUAUUUGAAGCAUUUGAGAUGAGUAGGGUUAUUUCAGCAGAUCAGAAUCUGGAUUCUCUGCUUGCCACACUUGUUCGACCACAAGUAUCCCUGGAAAUUAGAGCACGUCACAAUCAAGGCCAGCACAGUGGAGAUACUGGAACAUCAAGUGUCUUAGUUGGUGGCCUUUUGUUGGGAGGCUUGGCAGCUGGGACACUAGGCUACAUGUAUGCACCCGAGUUAAGCAAGGCAGCUAGCGAUCUGAGGAAGAAGUUUUUUGAUGAUUCAGAUAAAUGGUGUGCCAAUAGUACAUUGGAGCAUAUACUCGUGGAAAUACUCGAAGUGCUCAAGCCCAAGCAGGAGGAUUUGGCAACACGGGCUCAAGUCAUUAAUGAACUACGAAGAGUUGUUGAAUCUGUGCAAAGUUUGAGAGGGGCAGCAGUGGAACCAUUUGGGUCAUUUAUGUCCAAACUGUUCACAAAAUGGGGUGACGUGGAUAUCUCUAUCAAUUUACCCAAGGAGGGUGGAUAUAUUCCAUAUGUUGAAAGUGACCGCAAACAAAGAUUACUUGUGGAUUUGCAAAAUCCUUUGAGAGGUCAAUGGCAGAUGGUGCGAUUAAUCCCUGCAAAAGUUCCAAUUCUAAAAUGCGAGAGUAGCCACAAGAUCUUCUCUUGUGAUAUAUCAAUUGAUAACUUCAAGGGCCAAAUGAAGUCCAAACUCUUUUUGUGGAUCAGUGAGAUAGAUGGCCGCUUUCGUGACAUGAUUUUACUGGUCAAGGAAUGGGCAAAGGCACAUGACAUAAAUGAUCCAAAUAGUGGGACUAUCAACUCAUACUCUCUCAGUUUGCUUGUGAUAUUCCAUUUUCAGACAUGUGAACCUGCAAUUUUUCCACCUCUUAAAGAUAUAUACGCUGGAAAUGUUGCUGAUGAUCUUCAAGGUCUGAGAACUGUUGCAGAGAGAAAUAUUGCUGAAGCUUGUGCUGCUAACAUAAAAAGGUUCAGAAAAAACAUCAGACGAGUUAAUCGCAGUUCUUUGUCUGAACUUUUCAUUUCGUUCCUUGCAAAGUUUUCUAACAUCGGUGACAAGGCCUCAGAGCAAGGAAUUUGUACUAAAACUGGAGAGUGGGUGUGCAGAAGGAGCAAUAAAAGAUGGUCGCUGAAAACUGAUCCAAUAUUGAUUGAGGAUCCUUUUGAGCAGCCAGAAAAUUCUGCGAAGGCUGUUAGAAUAAGUGCGUUGACAAGGAUAUCUGAAGCAUUUGAGAUCAGCCGCCGUAGGCUUAGUUCAGCUGAUCAGAAUCAGGAUUCUCUGCUUGUCACACUUGUUCGAUCACAAGUAUCCCAGGAAAUUAGAGCACGUCUUAGCAAUCCAGUUUCUUAUGGUGGGGGCUACCAGUCCCACCUAACACAUCCACAUGUGCACAGGAAUGUGAACUUACAGGCAGAAACUCAGAACAAAUUUCAGAACUUGAGGUUGGAAAGCAAUUCUAACAAUCCAACCUUGACAGAAACUGUGAACAUGUAUGGGAAAUUUGAGGCAUCUGAGUCAAUAACGCAGAACCAAUUUCAGAACUCGAGGUUAGAAAGCCGUUCUUACAAUCCAAGCAUGACAGAAAUUGUGCAGGCACAAAGUCAAGGCCAGCACAGUGGAGAUGCUGGAAAAUCAAGUCUCUCCUUUGGUGGCCUUUUGUUGGGAGGCUUGGUAGCUGGACUAGGCUACAUGUAUGCACCCGAGAUAAACAAGGCAGCUGAUGGUCUGAAGAAGUUUUUUGAUAAUUCUGAUGAUGAUUCAGAUGAACCGAAAAACUGAGAAGCCUUUGCAGUUGAAUUCUGCCAUAAAUGAUGUUUCUGCUCAGCUUUGUGGAGAAGAUGCCCCUAAUGGAGCUGCAGUGAAUUCAGAUAAAAGCUGUAGCUUUAACGUCACAGAAUAUUUUGUUGAAAUUGCCAUAUAAAUUAUUACUACUUUUGUGUGAUUAGUACUGGAAAAACAGUGUUUGGAAUCUUUUAAUCCAUUUUGAUUUUCUUUUAGUUAUGGAUUCAGGUUGAUUGUGGAAGACUGAAUGAGCUAUUAAAACUGUCUCAAUUGUUUGAACCUCUUUGCAAGUAAAUGUAAUUUAUUUCCCUAUA